CUUUUUUCCGAAAAAAAAAAUAUGGCAUACAUAGAAAAUUUUAAAAAUUCUGUAUUGACACCAUCAUUUUGUCCAGGAAAAUAUUGUGGACGUGUAUCAUACGACAAUGGAACAUGGUCUGGAUGCGGUGCUUGUCCAAGAGGUUAUCGUGCAAACGAUGAAUCGAUUUGUUUAUUAUGUAUGGAAACAUUAUCACUUUACGACUGGUUAUACUUAGGAUUUAUGACUUUAUUAUUAUUAGUUUUACAUUGGUUUUUUAUUGACAUGGUCUCGAUGCGACGAAGUUUUAACAAAGAUGUAUUAAUUCUUCAUGGAUCUGCCCUAAUUGAAACAGGAUUAGCAUGUAUAUGCACAUUAUUGCUAACCGAUCCAAUUGGAUCAUUUCGAGUGCGCAGUUGUCCCAUUAAAAAUGGAGCAGAUUGGUAUACACUCUUCCACAAUCCAAAUUUAUACUAUGAAGAAACGUUACAUUGCACCCAAGAAGCUGUAUAUCCCUUAUAUACGGUGGUUUUUAUGCUAUAUGGAUUUGCAUUAUUAAUAAUGCUUGUAUUACGACCGUGGAUUUGUGCCCGAUGUCUACCGAAGCAGAGUAAAAUGUCGAUUUAUGCUGCCAUGUAUUUUAUUCCAAUUUUAGGAUUGUUUCAUGCUGUUGGAGCUGGAAUUUUAUAUUACAGUUAUCCAUUCAUCACUGUCGUACUCUCAGUAAUAUCAAAUGCAGCACAUUUUGCGUUACGUGAAAAUCAAACAUGGAAAGCAUUAUUUUUGGAUACAAUAACCGAUAUUCGAAAUUGUGUGAUAUUAUUAGGGCAUUGGUGUUUACAUGCAUAUGGCAUUAUUGCAAUUACAACAUAUAAAAGAAUUCUACCAAAUCCAACGCAUUUAUUAUUUUUAGUACCAUUUCCAGCUAUUUUUUAUAUUUCCACUGCAAUAUUUACCGAUCCAAAUAAGGUUAUUCCAUAAUUCUAACUUUGUUUUUUUCGUAUACAUGUUUUUGUGGACACAAAACAAGAAUGGGGUUGGAAAUGAAAAUUCUAAUUCGGCUUAAAUGUUUAAAUUACACUUAAAUCAUAACAUCUAUUUAGUUCCAAAAAGCCGAAACCCAUAGAAAUCGGGGAAAAGUUGACACAACGAUAAUUUAUUAAAAUCGUUGUGUUUGUCGAACAGAUAGUUAUUCGCUUUGCUCCAACAUUUGGAACUGUAUGAGUGUAAAUAUAGAUUUUCGAUACGUCCAAUGUUGGGGCCAAUGUAUUAUGUUUUUAAAUAUUGAACUUAAUUUU